GACAGGUAUACACGCUGUCUCUGUCUAACAGGGAGCGAGACAACGGCGGUGGCGCUCAUGCGCGCUCUGUCGCUCACGUCGGCCGCGGAGCCGUGUCGCUACGCCGCGUGGCAGCUCUCGCGGCUCAAGCGGCACGCGGUGCACGAGACAGGUCUUGCCAUAAUACACGAGCACCUGCUGCGAUUGGAGGCAGAGAGCGAGCUGACGCGCGACAUCGUCCACAAAGUGUGCCUGUGUCGACCCGUCGACGAGCCGCUGCAGAAAGAAAACGCCAUGGAGAGGUUGUUCAAGAUCUUGGAGAACUUUAAGGCUGCUUCUACAAUCACAUUUAAGGUGGACAUAGUCCCUCCAGCGGACUCGGGGGCCAGCUGUGCGUGGGCGGGCAUGUGGCGCGCGCGCCUCGCGCGGUACCUCGCGCCCUUCCAGCGCUGCUCCACCGCGGCCCGCCUGCGCGACAUGAUGUCCCGCCCCGCCACGAGGGACCUGAGCGCGUGGUCUGGCUACCAGCAUCGCUGCGACUGCCUGACGCCGCGCACGGUGUGCGCGCAGCAACGGAAAUUGCUCCUGAGGAUCUCCUUCUUUGGCAUGAUGCAAGCGGUGAACGAGUUCAACAGCAGCAAGGAACACGCAGCGCCUAUUGAGCCGGCGGGAGAGCUGCAGCAAGGGGACGGGACGGGGGCCAAGCCUCCGGACUCAGAGGGGCAGCCGGCGACGCAAGGCGAGGGAGCGAGAGAGCAAGAUGAGCAGGACAGCGACAAGUCUCUCGGCGACUUGGACGACCUAUCAGAGUCAGACGGCGGCUCAGGCUCCCUCGGGCUGUCCAGCUCGUCCCUCGACUCGGCCUCGGAGCUGCUGCUGGCGGCCGCGGCGGCGGUCGAGUCCGGCUCGGAGGACGCGGCGCCCGGCUCGCUGUGUCGCACCGUGCGCCACCUCAUGCGCUCCAUCGCCUCUAUAGAGAGGCUGAUGGACAGGGUGCUGCAGCACUGUGACGAGUGGCCGGCCGCGCAGUGCCGCGGCGGCGAGGAACCUCCCGACGACCGCAACGCUAGAAAAAAGGUGGACAUGGGCUUAUCGGAGGUGGACCGGAAGUUGAUGGCGAUGUACCGACGGCUACCGGAAGUUCAUCGUCGGCAGUUGCAGGUGUACCGGAAGCAGAAGAAACUGUCGACGGUGUGCAUGCAGCUGGUGGGCGGGCGCGCGCCGCCGCCCCCUCCCCCCGGCUCGCCGCCGCCCGCGCCCGCGCACGCCGCGUGCCGCGCGCUCUGCCCCGAGUACCAUCUGCAGCGGUUCAAGGAGGUCAGACGCAAAGUGAUGCACAUGAGGGACCAGCAACUGUACUACCAUAGGCUUAGAAUGUGGCUAGAAGAGCAGCUGCGGAACGAGCGAGAGAGGGAACCAGACAGUAUGCCGGAAAGCAACGUGACCCUAGUAGACGAAAUCCCCCGGCGCAAACGUCGAAGCAGCAGCCCUAAACAACGCCUAGGCGCCGCGCCCAAAAGGAAACUCGCUCCCCCCUCCCGCCCGCACAGGAUCCUCCAGAUGCUCAAACAUAAGGCGCCUUCGCAACUACUCAAGCUCAAGGAUGAUGAUAAGCCUGAAGUUGAACCGCCAGAGGCAUUCCCGCUGGAUAAGGAGGACAACGUAAGCGACACCGAAACGAUAGUUGGCGAGAAAGAGACGGAGCUAUGCAAAGAAAUGAAAGAGUGCCUCGUGAAGUUCGCGAGCUUCGCGAUGAACAGCCUCGACAAAGGCCACGAGCAUGAGCAGGAGUCUGUCAGCCCUCCGUUACAGGAAAUGUCGCCAACAACUUCAGAGCCGAUGCCGGUGUACACGCCCAAGCCAAGCCAGCGGCUGCUGCAAGUCAACAAGUUCCUCCGCGACGACGUCGACUUCCAGUCACAACUCGCCCCUGAGGUCCUCACUGUGCCUCUCAACGCGCGCCGCACGCCCGUCCUGGUCGAGGAAGAAGAAAAAAACAUCAAACUCGACGAAAAAGACCCCAACGUCUACAAAUACGUCACCUUCGGCCUAGAAAUCAAAAAAGCUAUGGAAGAAUGCCAGAACAUCAUCAACUCAUACAACAGUAUUAACAAAGAAGGGGGCAAGGACGAGCAGGAUACCCCGCUGUCUUUAGAACAAAUAUGCGACGUAAUGAUGAGUUUGGACAAGAAUUCCGCAGAGUUCCUAGAGAAAAUGGACUUAGAUGAACCUAUAGAUAUGAACUCGGCUAACACUAAACUAGUAGAACUAGUCGAAAAUAUGCCGCAGAUAUUAGCUAACAUGCCCGAAAUCGCCUCUAAACUAUCGGAAUUCGCGAACGCGUCUUUCGAAUUGCCUGAGUUCGCUUCGAUCAUGAACAGUCUCCCUGAAGUUAAUAACGAAGCCCAACUCACCCCGGAAACCUUAAAACAGAUAAGAGAACUAAAGUUAAAUAAGAAUAAGGAUAGCGUUAAGGUCACUAAAAACACUGCCAAACGUAAAACGAGAAAAAUUAAGAGCAAUUUAGAACAUGACGAUAUCAUAGGCACUAUGACUCUAGAAUUCGACAGUCAGGACAUCACUGAGCUCCUAAAAGACGAAAAAGACUUACAAACUAUUAUGAAAACUAAGAAUAAUAAAGAAGAUUUCAAAAUCUCCGAUCUACUCUUCUCUAUAUCGGCUCAAGUAGUUAUUAACAAAGUGUUCGAAUAUUUAAAACAAAAUAAAAAUCCUGAGCUAGCCAAGUGUCUCGAGGACGAUAUUAAUAAGGACAUGUUUAAUACGCAGAAGAAUAGCAUUAAUUCCGAAAUGUAUUCAAAAGCAUCGACGUUAUUUGACAAUUUUGUAAAAGACGCUCUGAGCAUGGACGAACUGCGAGAGCUGGUCAAAGCCAGGUUCAACUCUAUGAAGCAAUACGUAGCGACCAAGUUCAAAGGUAUACCCGUAGAGUUACUAGAAAACGAGAUAGAGGCCAUGCUCGAGAAAUUUUAUACUUACAUACAAGACUUAGCUGGAAAACAAAAUGCUAGUGAUAGUGACAAAAUUAUAGAAAAGAUUGAGGAGUUAAACAAAAACUUGCAAUCGGAAAGCGAUAGCGAAGGCUGCCCUGCCUCUAAGGAAUCUUUGAAACAAAUUUCUAAACUUCUUAGUACGUCUGCAGGAAACACUUUCGAUUUACUAAUAAUGAAGCUAUCUAAAAUGUCGCAAGACAAAAAGACUUCAGUGAAAAGUCUGAAAUUUAAAUAUAUAGAUGUUAUAAAACGGUGCGCGGAUUCGGUCCAACUUACAGGCUGGAUCCUACUCAACCCUGAGAUAGCUAGUAAUGUGAUAGAAGAAUUGACAGGUAUACCGAGUAAGAGUACGGAAAACGUGCCAGAUUUCGUCACCAUGGCUGACAGUGAAAAGAAACAAUACUUCUUAGAGCGUUUAAAAGAUAUGAAUAAGUCUUACAUGGACACUUUGCCCAAAGACGCGCUAUCAGGCGACGAGUGGCUAGUAAUGCUGUAUAGACUAGAAAAACUAGAAGAUAAGAUUAAGGAAUCUUUUAUAAAAAUAACUUUACCUAAAAGCCCCGCUAUACAGGCAAGCGAAGCCGAAAUACUAGCCGCUAAAGGUCUAAGUAAAAUCAUAGGCAAAGCUAACGCGAGAGUAGUGAAAAAACCUGAACCUAAAGUUAAAAAGGAAGAGAAAAUCGAAUCGAAAGAUACAGAAGACGAUAAGAAGGCGAAAAACGAAGCGUUGUUAGCGAAAUGCGAAGCUAUAUUAACGUCUAAAGGAGAGAAAUCGUUGUUAGACAGUUUUUAUACUAUAAAAUCAUAUAUCACUCAAGGUCUACCCGUGCCGGAAUCUUAUAAGAAGCAUGUUAUUUCUAUACGUUCGAGCAUAGACGCGACUAGGCUAGACGACGAUAUACAAGAGACUUUGAAACUGGAAGAUGAAUCUGAAGAUAAAGAAAAAGAUAAGCCAAAUUUAUCUGUUAUAGGUUCGCAGAAUCCUGAGCUGCUAGCGAAGUAUUCCGCUCAAGCGUUAAGAAAUGCUAAGCAGACUUUAAACGCUGUGGCGUUUAGGAAUAUGAUGCGAAACGGGCAAACUAAGUCAGAGUCGGAUGCUUGCGACACUCCUAAGACCGAUUGCAAAUGGACGAAUGAUUGUAUCUGCAAUUCUUGCAAGGACAACGAUAGUGUGUGUUUAGGGGACAUUGUGAAGCAGUGUUAUGACGACGGGAAGAGCAAGACGGGGCUAGAAGAGAAGAAGAAGGAAGUAAAGGUGGCUAAGCCUGUCGCGAAGCCGGUGGCGAAGCCCAAAGUGUGUGAGAACGCGUCGCAUCAGCAGCAUGUCUGUAAAGUGGGCCACUCGAACGGCACGAACGCGUGCGCGGGCGACGGCGCCGCCGAUCAGCCCUGCACGUGUUGUUACUGCACUGUGUUCGGACACGCGCCGCCACUCACGACGCCGGUGCCGCGGAACUACAACGAGACGCGGGAGAGACUCCGCUCCAUACUCAAUAAGAAGAAGCAAAAGUGCAGGACGGCUAACGGAUCAGCGUCGCCGGUAGCAGUAAAGCCUGUACCGCCUAAGCCGGUGGCGGCCAAGCCAGUAGCGCCCAAGCCGGUGGCAGCGAAGCCGGUAGCGGCCACAGCCAAGCCGGUAGCGGCGCCCGAGGCGCCCAAGCCGGUGGCCGCACCGCCGACGCCUAAGCCGCCAGCACUCCCGAAGACGCUGCCGCCGGCGGGCCCGCCGCUCACCGCCGUGCAGACGCACGCGCAGCUCAAGCGCCAGGGCGAGCGCCAGCCCGACAAGAUGGCCGCCGUGCUCGACAAGAUGGCGGACAUGAGCGUUAGCGACGACAAGCCUAAAGCAUUACAACGCACGGUACCGAUUCAAGUGAACGUGCCGCCCGCCUUGAAAGCCGAGGGAAAAGUCAACCCCAACGCCAUGGAGCAGAUCCGAUUACAGCAAUUAAAACAACAACAGCAGGCCGCGUUCCAACAGCGCCCGGUCCCUCAGCCCGCGCCCGCACAAAAGAAGCCAGAACCCAUCUACGACCUGCCCAUACACAACAAGCCGACACUCACGCCGCAGCAGCAACAGCAGAUACAGCGGCAACAACAGCUGCAGCAACAGCUACAACAACAGCGUCAGAGCAGGCCGGCGGCACAGCAGGUGUCUCUUUCUAGCAGGGACACUAGCGUGUUUUCCACUUCUAGCGGUUGCUCAGGUAUGACGUCACACAGCGGCGGCGGGUGCUGGCGCGGCGCACAGCAGGACCCGCGCGACCUGGACGCGCUGCUGCAGUACAUCGAGGGCCCGGCGCGCCACGUCGACCGCGGCAAGAAGAGGGCCAAGAAACAGAGGCAGAAGGGCAAGAAGAUGGAGGCCCGUCUACUUGAAGAACACACGCAGCUGGCCACACAUCUCAACCGUAUGCGACUAGAACUGCGAGGGAUGCAAGCGCGGCAUACAGCCAACGCGCGUCAAGCAGAAGAGGCCAAAGCGCUACUUAAACAAGCUCAAGCCAAGAAAAAAGGAAAGAAACAGAAGAUGACUCCAGCGCAGCAAGCCAAGACUCAACUAAUAGCUGAACAACUAGGAGAAUUGAAUACUCUACUAAAUGUGACAGCUAAGGAGGUAGCCGAGGCAGAGCGUCAAGUGUCGGAGUUCGCGGCGCGCUUCGAGGAGUGCGAGCGGCAGCUGGCGCUGGCGCGCGCGCUGCAGGGCGACCCGCGGCCCCGCGCGCCCGCACCCGCGCCCGCGCCCGCGCAGGUGCACCGCCACUUGGAAGCGGCGAUGCUGCACAAACAACAGUUACAACAACAACACCAGCAGCUCCAACAACAGCACCAACACCAGUUGCAACAACAGUUCGCCGCCGCACUGCUCGCCAACGACAAGAUGGACCGACAGAAGCAGAAGGCGUUCAUCAACGCGGCCGGCGUACGUCGUCCGAUGCCGGACGCGAGUCUGCAGCUCCAUAACGCCGUCCGGCAAAUCACCGUGAUGCACGCGCAGCCGCCGCCGCCGGCCGAGCCGCCGCGCAAGCAGACGUGGGAGCAGGCGCUCGCGCACAUGAACCAGCUCGCCAAGGGCGGAGCCAAGGAGAAGAAGAAACAAAAAGAAGCGGAAAAACCAAAACCAGUGGAGGAGAAGAAAGAACCGCAGCGAUCCCAGUCGCUCCCGGACAGCCAGCCGCUGUCCAAGAAGCAAAGGAAACUGCUCGCCAAGCAACAGGCUGAAGAAGAGGAGCGAAAGAGCCAGCAAGCGCUCCAGAAGCAAGAAGCGAAGAGUAAAAAAGACAAGGACAAAAAACCUGAGCCUCCCAAGCCCGAGCCCAAGAAGGCUAAGGAGAGUAAGAAACAGGAACCGGUUAAAAAGGAGGAGAAAAAAGAUAAGAAGAAGGAUAAAGGGAAGGAGAAUAAACCGGAGAAGGCUGCACCACAACCGGCGCCAACGGCGAAACAGACGAAGCAGAGUAAGAAAGAGAAGAAAGAACAAAAGGCGCAGGUUAUCAACAUCACCGCCGACACCACCAUUGAAGUUGUCAGUAAAAAGGGCACGUGUGGCGUCGAGCAGGAGGCGCCGGCGUCUUGCAGCAUUAUGGAGCAACUCAGCUGCGGUGUACAGGUUUCUGAUCUACGUCUACCGCCCGGAAUUACGUUGACGAGGGUACAACCCAAUGAGAAGAAGGAACCCGCUCCCAUCAAGUCAGUUCCGCUGUGGAAGGCGCACGCGCUGGGCGCGGCGCCCACGCCCGUGGCGCGCCCGGCGCCCGUCAUCAACGCCGACCCCGCCGCCAUGAUGUUCUCCACUGCGCAUCCGGAACAACCAAAAACAAUAAUAAUACCGGAGCCGGCACCGCAGCCCGGGCGCUCCAAAAAGGCAAAGAAGAAAGCCAAGAAGGCCGCCGCCGCCGCCGCCUCCGCGCCCAAACUCGACGCCACCAAGAUGGUCACCCUGCGCAACCCCAUGUUCCACCACACUCUACCACCCGCCACCGUCGCCAGCAAACCUGAGCUAAGGAUACCGGACCCCAUACCCAUGCCUCCAGCCGCCGCCUGCCACGCCACCAUCACUCCCACCUCCAACGGCAUGUACACCAUCCGCAACCCACUCAUGUCCAUGAUGCACCAGCAGAGCCUCAUGCAACCCCAACCCUACGCCCCCCCCUACAGCUACGUCAACCCCAACCCUUACACCCCGACGCAGACCGCUCCCAACCCCAACGCCUAUGUCUUAGAUCCUUCUAGAAACUCACCCAAGCAAGACGAGUUCCAAAAUCGAAUCAUGAACUUAGCCUCCUUCACACAGAAGAACGACGAAGGUUACUCCCUAUUCAAAACUAACGAAGACAAUCAACAGAAGAAUUUCUUAACACCGGAGUAUUACAUGGACAAUCCGACUCCUAAACCUGUCGUCUCACCGAACCCUAUUGGAACUAGACCGAAUAACGAUUCGAAUCGAUCUUUUGACUCCGACUCAUCAUUAUUCACGAAUACCGUCCGGCCUGAACCUAUAGGGACUCCUUUAAAACAAGAGAAUGACUACGCAGGGUUAUACACUCCAUUCGGGCAGGAAGACCGUAAUGUCUUCAGAAACGCCCUAUUCAAUGAUAAAAAUGUACCAAGCUACGGUAGCUAUGAUGAUAACAGUCAGAUGGUGAAUGGAGACCCGCUGCCGUACUUCCAGAGGUUGAGAGUCGGGUCGAAGCUGAACAACGAAGUUACGAUACAUCAUGUUACGGAAUCCAAGUUUUAUAAGGGACAGGACGGUUGCGGUGCCGAAGUCCGGGAUGAGUCGCUGUUCUCACGGCCGACGUGGCCCAGUGUGUACCCCCGACCACAGCCCGUGGGCGUGUUGUCCCCGAGCUCGCUCCCCGGGCCGGGGGCGGCGGGGGCGGGGGGCGAGUCGCCGCCCGGCGGGCCCCCCCACGCGCGCCCCGUCUAGCUCACAAAAUCCCACCGAAAUGAACCACAAACCGAAGAGCACAACAAAUCCACAAUCUUCCAGCUAAACCAUUAUUCAAAAUAAUUAUUUAGUACCUAAUAGAUUUGGGCUGGUUUUAGUCACGCGGACCGAUCCGCACGACCAAUUUAUAUGAAAACUAGCUUUUGUCCGCGGCUUCGCUCGCGUUAGAAAGAGACAAAAUGUAGCCUAUGUCACUCUGCAUCCCUUCAACUGUCUCCACUAAAAAAAUCACGCCAAUUCGCCGCUCUGUUUUGCCGUGAAAGACGGACAAACAAACAGACACACACACUUUCUCUUUUAUAAUAUUAGUAUGGAUGAUGUUGUCGGACCCGCCCGUACUCUAAAAAGCUCCUGAACUUAAUACAUAAUAUCUGGGCAACCGAGCUUCGCUCGGUUCUGUUUCGUAUCCUUGACAUGUGUCGCCAUCUAGUUCAAAAAUGAAUAGUACCUACAUCGAGCGAAAGAAUUCUCAGCCUUA